AAGGACUGUCCAUAGCUCAUAGCUCGUUAGUCGUAAGAGCGGGCGGACUUCUUGGACGGACUCUCCUAUAUUAUUAUUAUAACUAAUACUAACCACUAACCACCGCCACCCACCCAGCCGCUCUCUGCGUUUCCGGCCAUUAUCCAUUUCUCUUUCUCUUUUUCUCUCUCACACACACACUACCGGAAAGCUGAAUCCAUGAGGACCGCCUUCAAUUCAUCAAGGAGUAGAACUCCUUCGCCGCCGCCGACGCACUAUCAUCACACAUCUUCUCCGGUAAGAACUGAAUCUCCUUCUUCUUCUUCAACUCCCAGACACUUCACUUUCUCCAUAGAAAACCUCGAAAACGCCAAACUAAUCAUCACCAAAUGGGACCUCAACGCCUCUAACCUCUACAGCAACGACUCUCUCUUUUCCGGUAACAGGAAAGAGGCCAGGGCGUUCCUCAGGUCGGUGAAGGAUUUGCAGACUAUGAUGCAUUUCCUCGCCUCCGAGGCGUCCAAAUCCGAACUGUUGAUUCAAUCACAGAAUCUUAUUCAGAUUGCUAUGAAGAGACUUGAGAAUGAAUUCUACCAGAUCUUAUCCAAGAACAGGAACGUUCUAGAUCCGGAAUCGGUUUCUAAUCGGUUAUCCAGGAUGUCAAUUGUAUCCAGCCUUGAGGACGAACUCGACGAAUCGGACGAUGAGGAGGCGCAAGUGACCGGUGGUUCAGUAUCGGAAGAGGUUGAAAAGUCAACGACGACGACGGAGAACGCGAUGUCCGAUCUGAGAUUGAUUGCUAACUGUAUGACAUCAACUGGCUACACGAAGGAGUGUGUGAAGAUCUACAAAAUCGUACGGAAAUCUAUCGUCGACGAGACUUUGUAUGAACUCGGCGUUGAGAAGUUGAAUCUAUCGCAAGUUCAGAAAAUGGAUUGGGAUACGAUUGAGGUUAAAAUUAAGAGCUGGUUGAAGGCGGUGAAGUAUUCCGUGAAAACUCUCUUCAACGGAGAAAGAAUUCUCUCCGAUAACGUCUUCUCUUCACCACCAAGAAUCGCUGAAUCCUGCUUCACCGAUAAUUGCAAGGACGGCGCCUUGACUCUCUUCAUAUUCCCCGAACUCAUCUCCAAAUAUAAAAAACUCUCGCCGGAAAAAAUCUUCAGAUUACUCGACAUGUACGAUUCAAUCUUCGAUCUCUGGCCAGAAAUCAAUACAAUUUUCUCACAGGAAUCAGUCUCAGUCGUUAAAUCACAGUGCGAAACAUCACUCUCCAGACUCCGUGAAUCAAUCCGGUCAAUGCUAACCGAAUUCGAGGCAGCUGUACAGAAGGACGCUACGAAAUCGCCGGUCGCCAACGGCGGUGUACAUCCAUUAACAAGCUACGUAAUGAAUUACCUCGUGUUCCUAUCCGAUUACAGCGGAAGCUUAACAGAAAUCGUCUCCGAUUGGCAACAAUCAGCUCAAUCUCCGAUGCCGACGACUUACAUCUCAAGCUUAAGCCCCGCCUCCGAUCAGGUUUCAUCAGUCUCGUUGAGACUGGGUUGGAUAAUCCUAGUCCUUUUCUGCAAACUAGAUUCGAAAGCUGAGCUAUUCAAAGACGCUUCUUUAUCUUACCUCUACUUAGCAAACAACAUAAACUACGUUGUUUCAAAGGUGAAAUCUACCUAUUUGAAGCUUCUAUUAGGAGAUGUAUGGAUAUCGAAGCAUGAAGAGAAAGUGAAACUAUACAUGGCUAACUACGAGAGGAUAGGUUGGGGAAAAGUGUUUUCAGCAAUGGAGGAGAUAAAACAAAUGGCCGGAAACUCGCCGGAUUGUUUCAGGGGAUUCAAUUCAGCUUUCGAAGAGACUUAUCGGAAACAAGUCGAAUGGGUGGUGCCGGAUCGGAAACUCAGAGAUGCGGUGAAGCUGUCGCUGGCGCAGAAGCUGGUGCCGGCGUACCGGGAAUUGUAUGAGAAGAAACGAGGUGCCGGUGCCGGCGCCGGCGAUGAGGUAAUUAUCAGAUAUGCCCCUGUUGAUUUAGGGAAUUACUUGUCGGACUUGUUCUUCGGGAGUGGAGUCAUGGGGAGUACGUCGUCGUCGUCAGUUUCUCGAGAAGGAAGAAGACAUUAAUGAUUAAUUUUUUUAA